CGUUGUACCUGUUCGCAUUGGAUGUGUAUAAAUAUCGACUUCUGCUCGUGGUAACUCAUUCUAAACUCGUUUAGAUACCAUCGAAGAUGAACUCGUUGUUGAUCAUCACUGCUUGUUUGGUUUUAUUCGAAACAGUGUGGGCAAAACAAGGUUAUCUGGUGUACGAGGACACGGGCUGCAGAUACAAGUGCUCGAAAUUAGGAGAAAACAGUUACUGCGAUGAGGAAUGCAAAGCGAAGACCGAAGGAAUUGGUGAUGGCUAUUGCCAAAAUAAAGCGUGUUAUUGCCGAGGUUUGCCCUAUGGUGCAAAGACUUGGCCCAUGACUGGUAAAUCAUGCGGCAGAAAAUAAUGGCAACGACUUUUUUGUCCACCAACAGAAAUACUGUAACGCUUCUUAAUUGCAAUUAAAUGAAAUAAAAUGUAAUACAUUCA